AUGCCGGAGGAACAAGCUUUCUCAGUAUUAGUGCAAUUGAUGACGGAGUAUCGGCUUCGUGAGAUGUACAAACCCUGUAUGACUGAGCUGGCUGUCUACAUGCAUCAGCUCGAAGGCCUUGUUUGUGACCAGCUACCUGAUCUAGCGACUCAUUUUACGGCUCAUGGCUUCGCACCCAGUCUUUACGCCUCAGCUUGGUUUCUCACCCUCUUCUCGACCACCCUCUCCAUUCAAAUGGCUACUCGCGUAAUGGAUCUCUUCAUUUCAGAGGUAGGCUAUCUCUAA